UCUGCAGCGCGUCCUCGCCCACCCCCUGAGUCCCCAGCGAUCCCCGCCUUCCCCCUCCCCCACCGUUCGGUUUUGUUCUAUUUCGAGGCACUGGUGUCUCGCGGAGGGUUCUGGGACUCGUUUCGGGCGGAGGUUGAGGGGGCGGAUCUGGCGCGAGGGCUGCCGGGACUUGUAGUCCCACCGAUCUCGGACGGAAGUGUCGCGGCUCUGUGGUCGCAGAGUAGCCUUUGGUCUUCAGGAAUCGGACACCGAGUGCCUGUGAAGAAAACGGGGAUUUUCCCUGAGGCCCGUGUCCUGCCUUGAUUGUCUUUUUUUGAAAUAUUGUAAUUCAGGAUGUCUGCACAGUCAGUGGAAGAAGAUUCAAUACUUAUCAUCCCAACUCCAGAUGAAGAAGAAAAAAUUCUGAGAGUAAAGUUAGAGGAAGACCCUGAUGGUGAAGAGGGAUCAAGUAUCCCCUGGAACCAUCUUCCUGACCCAGAGGUUUUCCGACAACGAUUCAGGCAGUUUGGAUACCAGGACUCACCUGGACCUCGUGAAGCUGUAAGCCAGCUCCGAGAACUUUGCCGUCUGUGGCUCAGACCAGAAACACACACAAAAGAACAGAUCUUGGAGCUGGUAGUGCUGGAACAGUUUGUAGCCAUUCUACCCAAGGAGUUACAGACUUGGGUUCGAGAGCAUCAUCCAGAGAAUGGAGAGGAGGCAGUGACGGUGCUGGAGGAUUUGGAGAGUGAGCUUGAUGACCCUGGACAACCGGUUUCUCUUCGUCGACGAAAACGGGAAGUGCUGGUAGAGGAGGUAGUAUCUCAAGACGAAGCUCAGGGAUUACCAAGUUCUGAGCUUGAUGCUGUGGAGAACCAGCUCAAGUGGGCAUCCUGGGAGCUCCAUUCACUAAGGCACUGUGAUGAUGCUAGGACUGAAAAUGGAGCGCUAGCUCCAAAGCAGGAGAUUCCUUCAGCAGUAGAAGCCCAUGAUGUUGUUCCUGGCACUCUCAAUGUAGGUGUUCCUCAGAUUUUUAAAUACGGAGAAGCCUGUUUCCCCAAGGGCAGGUUUGAAAGAAAGAGAAAUCCCUCUCGAAAGAAACAGCAUAUAUGUGAUGAAUGUGGAAAACACUUCAGUCAGGGCUCAGCCCUUAUUCUUCAUCAAAGAAUUCACAGUGGGGAGAAGCCCUAUGGAUGUGUUGAGUGUGGGAAAGCAUUCAGCAGAAGUUCCAUCCUUGUGCAACACCAGAGAGUCCAUACUGGAGAAAAACCUUAUAAGUGUCUUGAAUGUGGGAAGGCCUUUAGCCAGAAUUCUGGGCUUAUUAAUCAUCAGAGAAUCCAUACUGGGGAGAAACCUUACGAAUGUGUUCAGUGUGGGAAAUCCUAUAGUCAAAGCUCAAAUCUUUUUAGACAUCAGAGGAGACACAAUGCAGAAAAACUUCUGAAUGUUGUGAAAGUUUAAGAAAUUAAAAAAAAAUUCAACACUCAGGUCUUUUUCUUCAGAAAUGAACACAAAAUUUAAAAACAUGAAAUGAUACAUAAUAGUUUGUUUCCCUAUUGACUGUCAGAAAAUCCACUGGGAAACGUGGAAGAUCGUCACUUGCCAUUAUUUUAUCUUGAGAGAAAUGGUGUCAUACCUGCCUAGAAACUGAGAUUUUAAACUUAAUUCAGGUGUUAAUGCUUAAAUCUUCCAUGUGAUAUUUAUACUUUGUUAUUUUUCCAAAUAAUGAACUGCCUGAUCUCUGUCCUGUUCUUAGUUUACCUUUUAGACAAAAGGUUGUUUUUGUGUUGAUCACUGAAAUAUUCUUUGCAAAGAUGCAUUCCCUUCUACAUUAAAAGGCAACGUAAGAGUUACAAAGUUUGAAAACCAAAACCAUCUUUUCAGAAUUUACCCUUUUGUCUCGUUUUACCCAAUUAGAAUAUGCAUUUCAGAAAAUCACAGAUAAAAAUAUGCAUUUCAGAAAAUCACAGAUAAAUUAUGACUAAUGCCUCAAAGAAAAUGAGCCUUAAAAUCUCAGCUAAGAGGUGAUGGUGAUAAAACAUCAAAAAGUGACUGGGAUAAUUGAAAUUGAGGAAGAUACUUUGAUCUAAAAAUUGAAGCAUAUUAGGAAUUUACCUAAAUGCAGCUAUUAUCUUCCUAUGCAGGAAAACUCAAAAACAGCUCAUCCUUUAUGUAAUUUGGAGGCAUCCUACUAAUGAAAAUAACGUUCUCCCGUGCAUCAUUAGAAAGCAGACAGCCUAAACAAUUAAAACCAAAGGUAGAAAUUAUUAGAGAAGAAUUUGUAGUGAAUGACAGUGUUGAAGGGCAGAUGUCAACAUAAGGGUACUUGGUCUGUCUUGGCUUCUAGAAAACAAAAGACUUGAAGAUGUAAUUCAUUAUUUUGCCCUCAUCCUUGUUAAGGACAGAAUUCCCUGACAAGUGGGCAACAAAUAUCAGUCAGGUUUAUUUGCUACUUUUAUUCUUUGGUACAAAAGGGUUGAACACAGGCUAAAAAAAAAAAAACUUGACUUUUAUUAAACAUUCUCUACCGAAAAGG